ACGAGAUGCUUGAGAUUUUGGCUGCAGUGGUGGAGGAGCCCAUUCUUAAGGACAUCCAGUCUUCUGUGGCUAUAGGGCUAGAAAUUGAUGAGAGCACGGAUGUGUUCGUGACAAGGCAGCUGGAUCUGCAUGUCAGAUAUAUGGAUGCAGAAGGCAAGCUUUAUAGUCAGUUCCUUGGCUUAGUGGCAUUGUCUGAUGGGAAGGCAAACACCAUUGUGGCAGCUCUAAAUGAAGUGCUCGUCAAAAAAAAGGUCCCUACAGAAAAGCUGUUUGGACUGGGAACAGAUGGAGCAGCAGUAAUGACUGGGAGGCUGAGUGGUGUAGCAAAGCAGAUGCAGGAUUCCUUGCCCUGGUUGCUGUCUGUUGCCUGUGCUGCUCAUCGCCUCGCCCUGGCUUGUAAGGAUGCUUCAUCUGAAGUUCCAUACAUGGGAACAUUCAGGGAUCAUCUACAAAGUCUCCACCUGUAUUUUCACAACAGCGCAAACAGAACUGCAGUUCUUAGAGCUGCUUCACAGGUCUUGGGCCUUGACAACCUGACUGUAAAGGAAGUGAAGGACACACGGUGGCUGUCUCAGCAUCUGGCAGUGAGCAAUCUACAACGCAACCUUUGCGCAGUGCUUGGUGCCUUGGCAGAAGAAGUGGACAGUAACAAAUGUCCGCUUGCAAAAGGACUGUACAGUUACUGUUGCAAAUACAGGUUCGUGGCUGCAAUAUAUCUUCAAGCAGAUGUGCUUCCCCAUCUAGCACGACUUUCAAAAAUAUUCCAAAAGGAAAACGUGAACUUCCUAGCCAUUAAAGACCAGGUUCCUGUGACGAUAGCAUGUUUGCAAGACAUCAAGGACGCAGGCAACACAAAGGCAGGUUCCUUCUUGGCUCAGCUCCAAACUGACCUAGAUGAUCCCACAAGACUAGGGGCAUUUGGUAUCCUCCCUGAGGAGGAGAGGGGGAGGAGAGGCAGAGGCCAGGAAGAGUACUCCCAAGACAUGCUUUGGCCCCGAUUCAGAUCAGAGGUUAUGGAGCCUUAUAUUGAUGCUCUUCUGGAUAGCCUGGACAGGCGAUUUCAAAACAUCGAUGUAAUGUCAGCAUUUCAUGUGCUGGGACCUCAAACCUUGACAGAGGAUGAUGCUGUCGCGACAGCUAAUGUCCUUACCCUCUCCAGGAAAUUUCUGCCACAGCAGCCAGAAAGUACACUGUUACAAGAGUGGGCGUCAUUUAAAAAACAUAUGGUGACCGGGGCUUUCAAGGAUUUGGACCAACUCAGUAUUCUGCAGAAACUCUCAGCACAAAACGAUGAAUGGGCCAACCUCUACCCAAUGGUCAGCAAACUUGCAGCCAUUGCCAUGACAGUACCAAUAUCAAGUGUUAACUGUGAAAGGGACUUCUCAAUAAUGAAUAGGGUAAAGACUGACUUGAGGAACAGGCUGCAGGGGGAUCAUCUGGCUGCAUGCCUGCAGCUCAGCAUCAGUGGGCCACCUUUGGGGGAAUUCCCCUACCACAGGGCCCUGGAGAUGUUUUGCAAGAAAUCAAGAAAAAUUAAAUGCCAAAUCCCACCCAGCAAAGUGUGUCAGUGAGAGUUUUGAAAAAAAAAUAUUAUUGUGCAAAUAAUAGUGUAUUCUUCAACACUAGUUAUUUAAAUGCAGCAGUUGCUGGAUAGGUGGAGUUCAAAGUGGAGUGUGUGUAAGUGUGUCUAAUAAAACAAUAUUAA